GCUCGGCUGGCCGGGACGUAGCCGGGCCGCACCAGGAGAGCGCAGGGGCCGCCAUGGCCCGGCGGCGGCGCCGCGCCUGCAUCGCGCUGUUCCUGGUGCUGCUGUUCGCCUUCGGCACCCUCAUGGGUCUGCGCACGCUCAAGGCUCCGGACGGACUCCCGGCCUUGGGACCCGGCCUGGAGCUGGCGCCCUUUGAACGACGGCUGGAGGGGCCCCCUGCACCCCCCGCCCGGGCCCCGGCCGCCCCUGCAGCCCCGCCGCCGCCGCCGCCGCCGCCGCCCCGCACCGCGGUCCCCCACGGCUCGCCGGGGCCGGUCCCCGCGGAGGCCGAGUCCGCCCCCGGGCAGAGUCUGCGCGUGUACUCCGACCUGCACGCCUUCUACUACUCGUGGUACGGAAGCCCGCGGCGCGAGGGCCACUACAUUCACUGGGACCACGUCAUGGUGCCGCACUGGGACCCCAAGAUCUCGGCCAGCUACCCUCGCGGCCGCCACAGCCCCCCAGACGACUUGGGCUCCAGCUUCUACCCGGAGCUGGGGCCCUACAGCUCUCGGGACCCCGACGUGCUGCGGGAGCACAUGACCCAGCUCAAGGAAGCCGCCAUCGGCGUCUUGGUCCUCUCCUGGUACCCCCCGGGCAUGGCUGAUGAUAAUGGGGAGCCCUCAGAUGACCUGGUACCUGCCAUCCUGGAUGCCGCCCGUCAGUACAGCAUCCAGGUGGCCUUCCAUAUUCAACCCUACAAAGGCCGGGAUGACAUCACUGUACAUGACAACAUCAAGUACAUCAUUGACACGUACGGCUCCCAUGGUGCAUUUUACCGCUAUAAGAACAGCAUGGGCAAGAGCCUCCCACUCUUUUAUAUCUACGACUCAUACCUGACAUCCCCUGAGGCCUGGGCCCACCUCCUCACACCAGAUGGGCCCCAUUCAAUUCGCAACACUCCCUAUGAUGGGGUCUUCAUAGCACUGCUGGUGGAGGAGGGUCACACCCAUGACAUCCUGGCUGCAGGAUUUGAUGGCAUGUACACCUACUUUGCCUCCAAUGGUUUCUCCUUUGGCUCCUCUCAUCAGAACUGGAAAGCUGUGAAGAACUUUUGUGAUGCCAACAAUCUCAUGUUCAUUCCCAGUGUGGGGCCUGGCUACAUUGACACCAGCAUCAGGCCUUGGAACAACCACAACACCCGGAACAGGGUCAAUGGCAAGUACUACGAGACAGCCUUGCAGGCGGCCUUGACAGUGAGGCCUGAGAUCGUCUCCAUAACUUCUUUCAAUGAGUGGCAUGAAGGCACCCAGAUAGAGAAGGCCGUUCCCAAGAAGACACCAACUCGCCUGUACCUGGACUACCUGCCUCAUCAGCCCAGUCUGUAUCUGGAGCUGACCCGUCGCUGGGCAGAGCAUUUCAUCAAGGAGAAGGAGCAGUGGCUUAUGUGAGAGGCUGAUGUCCAAACCUCGCUGGGUGAUAUCACUGGGAUCAGCUGAGGUUGUAGGCACUCACUGGUUCCCCAGUCAGCAGCUGGGUGCUUCUGGGUAUGGGCCAUCAAGACAGGGCUCACGUAAAACAGCCUGUUCCUCAGGCAGGUGGUGCUGGGGUACAUUGCAGUGAUGGAAAAAGAGGCUCACAGGUGACUGCAUGGAGGCCCUGACAGCUUCACAUUCUCGGAACAC